AUGACAGUCCAACAGCAGGCGGCAGAGCCAUGGGGACGCUUGACACUGGUGUCCAAAGAUCCGGCAGAAGACAGCGAUCACAUUUACUUGACGAAUGCAGUCACGACAAUUGGCCGCAACAAACGGCGCUGUGACCACGUGAUCAACCAGCUAUUUAUCAGCAGCGUGCAUUGCGUCGUGCAGCGGGACAACACGAACGCUACGGGUGAGCCCGUUAUCAAGCUCCAGGACAACAGUCGAAAUGGCAUUUGGGUCAAUGCAGAUCGCGUAGGCAAAGGAGUCUCGGUGCGGCUCGACAGGGGCUAUACGGUGCACUUUACAAAGCCUGGCGCAACUCCAGCAGGGGUUACUCCAAUGGCUUUCAAGCUGGAGUUUCUCAAUUUUGUUGGACGGCAGCCAGUAACUGCAGAGACCAAAGUGAACGAAGUGCCAGAUGAUGCCGAAAUGACGGCUGUUGUCGGUGAGCCAUUCGAAGCAGUAACGCAGUGUACUACACCAGCAGAUUCACCGCACCUACGAGAAAAGAAGCGCAAACGAGCGCACGCGGAGGCCGGAGUCGUGCAAGCUGCAACGCAAGAGUUUGAGAGUAAACCUGAGACUGCAGGAAGUCAGAUUGAUGCAGUCGAAAGCCAGCUCAAGGCUGGAGAAGCUGUUGUAGUGAUGGGAAAAGGGCUCGAGCAAAGUGUGGCGUCUCAAGUAGACAAACUGACGAAAGACAAUCUGGACUUGAUGGAAAAGCUGGAGGCAGCUUCGGUUGAGAAUCUCCAAUUAAAAGCAGAUUUGGCCGCUAUGGAGAGCGAAAGGGAAAUGAAAAUGAAGGAGGCCGCUUUGACAGCAACUACUAGACUACGAGAGGAGUUGGAUACGAAACAGAGGGCCAUAGAUGCAAAGAACAAACAAGCUUCUACGAAAAGCCUUGAGUUAGAUCGCAAGGCAUUGUCACAGGAAAUGGCGGGAAAGCUUAUUGAAGAAACGAAGAAGUACCAGCAAAAGAUUGAAGCAGAACAUUACGAACAGCGAAGAGAAGCGAGCGAGAAAAUGGCUGCACUGGUCAAUGAGAACGAGAAACUACGGGCGUUGCAAAGUGCAAAGGACGAGGCGCUGGGUGAGUGCGAAGACAAACUCACAAGCUUGCGCGAGAAGGUCACUGCUAUGGAAAAAACAAUUGCCACAAAAGCGGAUCAAUUGGCCGAGUGCGAGAACAAGGUAGCUGAUUUGGAGUCGAAGCUUGCAGUGUUGAAAGAAGAGAGUGCGGAGAUUGUUGGCCUGCUGGCUAUUGCAGAAGAAAAGGUUGUUGCCGCAGAAGACAAAGCUACCAAAGCAGAUAUCACUGCUGCAGCAGCAGCUCGUGCUAACGCCAACAGCAGCUUUGAUGAAAACGAGCGACAGCAGUUACACGACUCGAUUUCCUCCUUUCGAUGCGAGCUCGAGACGUAUCAUGCCCAGCUUGCAAGUCGAGAAGAAGAGUGCAAAAAGAAAGAGGCGGCCGCCAUGCGCGUGGCCAUAACGUCACCAGCAGGUAUCUCUGCAGAAGGGUACGUUUCAGCACAGCGGCAAGCCUCAAACAGAACUGACCGCUUUUCAUUAUCCAGCGUUACUCACGACAAUAAUGAUCCGGAGGUUUUACGCGCGCGUCUGGUAGCUGCAUCAGAUCUGUUUCGUCAUGUGGAAGCGCUUGGUCUCCAAGGAAUGCGCGUGAUCAACGGGGUCAACAGGUCCGAGCUCGAAGAUCUUCAUUCCUUUUCGACAGUGACAGUCGACACCAGCACAAGCAUGUCAAAUUCGUCCUCAUUGUCGCCAGGAAAAGACGAUCGACACCCUGCGGAAGAUGGCACAUCCGAAAGGAGAUGUGUCAUCCUGCCGCGACAAGCGUAA